AUGCCAGUCGAGCCAAGGCUGAUGAGUUUGCAGUCAGGAGAGAGUCAGGGACACAGAGUGUAUCCAUUCGCUGUUGCCACAGUUAUGCUGUUUAACAAGCAACUAUAAAACUUCAGUGUGCCAUAGAGUGUUUCUUUAGCUCGUGAAUUUGUAGAUCCUGAUAGUCUCCGCUCCGUGUGCCUCUCCUCUUCCUCCCGGGACCAGCAAUCUGGCCUGGGCAUGUCAGUGGCAGGUGCGUGAGAGAGCAAACCCAGACACGAAGGCAUCUUCCACAUACCUGGUUACAUCACACUGCUCCCCUUCCAUUGUCAGAGCAAGUCCCACAGCUGAGCUCAGGUUGUGGGAUGUGUCCUACCUCUUCGGGGGCAGAAGCCAUGGAGUCAUGUGGCAGAGUGUGAAUGAAUGCAGGGUGCGAAGAAUUGGGGCCACUGACGGGCUCUGUCCUCCCACACCCACGUCUCCUAAUCCGGAAGGACACUAAAGCCACGCUCCUGGAGCAAGGGCACCUCUGCCGCCCCCUAGCCUUACGGCCGUGAGCAACAUACUUGGCCUCCCUGAGCCUGUGAGGUUUUGCUCUGUAACUGGAGAAGAGCUCCAGAGCUCAAGUGAGCUCACUGCUAUUCAUGUGCUUCGAGGCCAUGCCUGGUUCAGAAAAGUCCUCCAUAAGUGUACGCUCUUGUGGUUUCCUCAUUCCAUCUGCUCCUGGAGGGAAAUGCCUUCCCUGAACGAAUCUGCCAGAGCCACCAGGGAGAUGGGGAUUUCUUUUGCUUGGGAGGAUGAGAAAGGUUUCUUUUUCUUUUUUUGAGAAAGGUUUCUGUUCCAGGGUAGGUUUGUGGGACCUGAAGGCUAGACGGGGGGGGCAACGCGGAAGUCUCUUUAAUAAGUUAUUCCAAACUAGAGUGAAUAUUUACUGAAAAUAGGAAGAUAUUCACAAGUUAGACUUUUUUUUUAAGAUUUUAUUUAAGUAAGUAAAUAAAUAAAUAAAUAUUUUAUUUAUUCAUGAGAGACACAGACAGAAAGAGAGGCACAGGCAGAGGGAGAAGCAGGCUCCAUGCAGGGAGCCUGACGCGGGACUCGAUCCCAGGACCCCAGGAUCACGCCCUGAGAUUAAGGCUAUGCUAAACCACUGAGCCACCCAGGCUGCCCAAGUUAGACUUUUAAAAGUGGAUGGACACCACACAUUUUGCUUUUAUUUCUGGCUUCUGACCAGGCUACUUCAACUUGUCUCAUUUGAGUUCUGAAACAGUCAAGAGAUGAAUAAAUGGGAAUGAUGCAAAUGCAGUCAUAGGUGGCCACUGUAGUGCUAGGGCUGUGGUCCUUAUGGCGUGUUCCAUGACCCACUGAUGACAAUGUGCGGGGCGUUUGUCCCCAAGCCCUCGCCAGGCCGGCGAGCCCCACUGGUGUCAGUUUGAUCUUUGGUAUGGGCCCAUCAGACUUCUUCAAGAGGAGCUCUACAGUGGGUACCCUGAGACACUGGGACAGGGGGACACCAGACAUUCGUUCCAUCUUCAGACCUAGCUGCUGUACUGCCACAGGCCUGUGCACUACAAGGCAGGCAUUCUGGAAGCGUGUUUUUUGCAUCUCCCGUUAAGAGAAGAAAAGCAACACGCGGUGUGUGUAUUCUUGUAUGUGAGGCAUCUUGAGUCAAGAUCACACAAGAUUGCUCACUCAUCAUCGAGCUACGUAAACAUCCCCCUAAACCCAAGCUAUAUAGGCGCACCCUCCUGCCUGUCCACCAGGUCCCCCAAAUGCUCGCGUCCCUUACAGCACCACCUGAGACCAGCAGGCGGAGAGGAAAGGGGGUGGACAUAACCGAGUGCAACGACGGUGUCUUUGGCAAAUUUCACCAAAGCACAGGGCUGCGCCAGCGUAAACCUGGUUAUCAAGUUCAAAGGCGAGGCCUGCCGGAUAGCAUCAACCAGCCUGGGAAGACGGCAGCGAGCGGUGUUCACGCAGCUGACGGCACCAGGAGGGGACACGAUGUCAUCCGGAGCGCACUCUAAGGACGCAGUUUGCUUUCUGAGGUGUGCUUGCUGAAAAUACAUCAGACCCAAAGUGAGGGAAAUUCUUUAAAAACAAAACCAAGCCCGACCAGUUUUCUUAAAAGGGCCAAGGCGAUGCAAGGUAGAGCAGCGAUUCCAAAAAGGCCACCUGGCAAGGGAACGCGCCGCACGACCCUAGAACGCGGCCCGGGGCAGCGAAAGGACGUGCGCCGGGUGACCGGCGAAGUUGGACCGGGGCCCUGGAUCGCAGCCCGGUGCGGCUGCCCAACAUGGGCCCGAAUUCAAGACCCUGAGACCAAGACCUGAGCUGAAAUCAAGAGUCAGCCAUCUAACGGACAGGGCGCCCCCCAGGACCUAGCAACCGAGAACUUAGAAGGUGAGGACAAUGGGUAACAGAAUGUGGGGACAGCAGAAAGCUGAGGACAGGGCAGCUGGCUGGCAUUGCGGCUGAGGACUUGUGUCCGGCCUGCUGAGGAGCACUUGAAGAAGGAAGGAGGUGUCCUGAGAAGAGGGGCGUGGGCUUCUGUGCGGCGGGCCCCCGCUGUCAGUGGCCCUCCUCCCCCAGGGGGUGAUUCCCUUGAAGACUACAUCACUGAUUAGCGAAGUGGGCUGGCAUUGGCCCAAUAGGAAAGAAGAUGCCAACUACCCAAAGACAAAAGGAUUACCAAGUUUCGGAGGUGGAGAACUCCAGUGGAGUGGCUGAAAGUGGAUCCCCCUUGGAGCCAAAAACAGACAGGCCUCCAGGGUAUGCAGCCACCAUGCUAUUGCUCAUCAACAGCACCAAUCGCCAGAUGGCGGGCUUCACCAUAGCCACUGUGGGAUGGAUCCUCACCACCACGUCCAUGGGCCUCGUGGAGUGGCGAGUGUGGUACAUGAACAACAACUCUCUCUUUCCCUCUGGCCUGGUCUGUGUGGGAAUGUGGAAGGUCUGCAUUUACCAAUAUAUCACCAACUUCAACAGAGCCACGUUGUGUCAUCGCUAUACCUACCACGAUACUUACCUGCCUCUUGAUAUCCGUAUUUCUCAAAAUCUCCUGCUGGUCGCCACCAUUCUGGGCCUUUUGGGAAGAGCCGCCAUCAUUUUUGCACUUAGGAAUGUGUACAUGGGAAUUCAUCAGGACGCCACCUUCAACCCAUUUUUUGUUUCAGGGAUUCUGAACGUGGUUGCUGGCGUCUGUAUCUCAAUCACUGUGGUCUGGAAUUUUUACUCCGUGAUAAACGAAGAGGGUAUCACCUUCCCACCAUCUCUCUAUAUACCCUUCAAGCCAGAUACUCAGGAAAUUGGCAGUGCCCUUCUGGUGGCAUGUCUGGCUGCCUUCAUGAUGCUGUUAAGUGGGCUGCUUUUCCUCUCCUACAAGCGCCCCCCGGCCAGACAAAUACAUCCUGAGACUUCAGAGAUGUAGAAUUCCUGCUUGCCUUGGCUUUGCGAAUCCAACAUGACCAAGAGUUUAUGAGAAGUAUUAGCAAAAAAACAAAACAAAAAAAAAGAAGUAUUAGCAGAAUGUUCUAUUAAAUAUUUCCAAAGAUUCAAGACCAUGGCAAAGGUAGUUUUAGGCAGGAAGUGGCCAUCUAUUUCCUUCCUUUAUCUUCUGUGUCUUUGUUUUACUGACGCACCAGUUCAUUGAUUGGAGAAAUUUCAUUUAAAAAAAAAAUCUUUCUCACCAGCCAGUUGGUCUUCUUGGAUCUGAAUUUUAACUAUUGCUGAAUAAAUAAUCAAUGCAUAAACCUAGUGUAUGGAAAUGAGAUUUUCUGUGAUUCUCACAUUUCCCUCCUAAAUGUCUGCUACAGACUACCAACCUUAUUUCCUGUGGUAUGGUGAUAACAUCACUCUAUCAUAUAAAAUUUUCCAAAAUAUGCAGUAGAAUAAUAUAAGGAAUCACCCCACACCCAUUAUCAGACUCAACACCUAUCAAGAUACUGUCAUAUCAGCUUUAUAUCUCCUUUCUUCUCCCGUUUUUUUUUUUUUUUAAGAUUUUAUUUAUUCAUGAGAGACACAAGGAGAGGGACAGGCAGAGACAUAGGCAGAGGGAGAAGCAGGCUCCCUGCGGGGAGCCCAAUGGGGAACUCGAUCCUGCAGGAUCAUGCCCUGAGCCAAAGACAGACACCCAACC